AUGAAAUCUCAACUGCCUAAUAAACCAGAUUUGUGGAACACACUGACCCCGCGAUACCUGUUCGGGUGCAACUGCAUUCUCCUCUCCGAUGACUAUUACCCGGUGCUCAAUCACAAGCACGUUGAUCUGGAAACGAGGGCCAGUCGGCGGAUCACAGCCACGGGGAUUCAUGUGGAGACGGAAGAAGUCCAACCGAUCGAUCUGAUUGUACUGGCAACAGGAUUCCACACGGUCGACUUCUUGUUUUCAAUGGACAUUUACGGGCUGGAUGGCCGUCCGUUGCGGGGUUUGUGGAAGGCGGGCCCUCAGGCGUAUCGAGGGCUGGUAGCGGAAGAUCUCCCCAAUGUCGGUGUACUCUAUGCGCCGAACACAAAUCUCGAUUAG